UUAUCAUAACAAGUCGGAUCGUCGGAACGAUAAUGACAUCAGCAGUAGUACUAGUUUUGUUGACAUUCACCUUAGCCCUAAGAAGCAACGAUGCAGCAAAAAUCCUCGGAUUUUUUCCUCUACCAUCGAUCAGCCACCAAGUGAUCUUCAGGCACUUAACAGAAGAAUUAGCUAAACGAGGCCAUGAAGUUACAGUCAUCACAACAGAUGUAGCCUUUCCUAAAGGCGAUGGACCUGCUAAUCUCACAGAAAUCGAUGUUCACGACUUUUCGUAUGAACAGUGGAGGAAUUUAUACAAACUUACUUCAACAGGAGAAAGGGACUUGGUCGGACAGAUACGUAAUGCCUAUCACAUGCUAGUGAACAUAGUGGAGAUGCAACUAAAAGUGGAUAAAGUACAGAAGAUGUUGAAAGAAGAGAAAUUUGAUCUGCUUUUGUUAGAAGCGUGUGUGAGACCGGCUUUGCUGCUGUCGCAUGUUGUAAAAGCGCCCGUAAUUCAAGUGUCUUCUCUCGGAACUAUUGAUUAUAAUGUGGCCACUAUAGGAUCAGCGUGGCAUCCGUUCCUAUACCCAGACGUUUUGAGUCAUCGUUCAUAUAAUUUGACUGUAUGGGAGAAGAUUCGUGAGUUCUAUACCUAUUAUAGAUUAAAUAGAGUUAUGCAAGAAGUGGAAGAUGCGGAGAAUGUUAUGGCUAAAAAAAUGUUCGGACCAAAUGUUCCGACCAUCAGUGAAUUGAAGAAUAAUGUUGAUUUAAUGUUGUUGAAUACUUAUCCUCUUUGGGAUAACAAUCGCCCAGUGCCUCCCAGUGUUGUUUAUAUGGGCGGUUUGCAUCAAAAUCCUCAGAAGGAAUUGCCGAAGGAUCUGAAGGAAUACCUGGACUCUUCAAAGAACGGCGUGAUAUAUAUCAGCUUUGGUACAAACGUCCAGCCUUCUUUACUACCACAAGACAGAGUUCAGCUGAUGGCCAAAGUGUUCUCUCAGCUGCCCUACGAUGUACUAUGGAAGUGGGACAAGGACGAACUGCCAGGACGCUCCAAGAACAUCAGGAUAUCUAAAUGGCUGCCGCAGUCUGAUUUGCUCCGGCAUCCAAAGAUCAAAGUAUUCAUAACACAAGGAGGUCUACAAUCAGCUGAUGAAGCUAUAACUGCGGGAGUACCUUUGAUUGGUGUUCCUAUGUUGGGUGACCAAUGGUAUAAUGUGGAAAAAUAUGUCCAUCAUCGAAUUGGAUUACAACUGGAUCUACUUACUAUGACCGAAGAUGACUUUAAGAAUGCUAUAUUGACUAUUGUAAAUAAUGAUAGUUUCCGUCAGAAUAUUAAAAAACUACGCAGCGUGAUGUACGACCAGCCUCAGCCUCCUCUAGAGCGCGCCGUGUGGUGGACGGAGCACGUGCUGCGUCACGGCGGCGCGAGACAUCUGCGUGGACCUGCAGCCAACAUGUCGUGGGCAGAGUACCUCGAACUAGAAUUAGUAUUUACUGUAUUAGCAAUAGUUCUUGGCAUUUCUCUAGUAUUAUUCUACCUAAUGUACAGUAUAUGGAAGUUUUUCGGCAAUACUAUAAGCGCAAGUAAAAAGUUAAAGAAGAAUUAGGAAAUUAACUUGUAUACUAAAGAGUUAUUAUCAAAAUGUGAUAUUUUUGUUACUGUUAUUUUAAUUUAAUUUAAUACCGAUUGCUACAAAUGAGAACAAUAUGGGCUGUGAUAAAAUAAAACAGUGAAUUUAAUG